UCUACAUUCCUACCCCUCUAUAUCUCUUCAUCAUAAAUCAUAAAUGGUUGUAUCAACUGAUAUCAAUCCAAUUCGGAUAGAAAAGAUUCAAGAACUGAAGGUUCCAGUGAUUGAUCUUUCAGAGAAGAAAUCUAAUGUAGCAAAGCUGAUUGUAAAGGCCUGUGAAGAAUAUGGUUUCUUCAAGGUCAUCAACCAUGGUGUUCCUCAUCACAUCAUUAAGAAGAUGGAAGAUGAAGGCUUUGAGUUCUUUCAUAAACCAUUACCCGAUAAGAUACGGGUCGGAUCCGCCAACCCAUUCGGCUAUGGCAGCAAGAACAUUGGUCUUAGUGGCGAUGAAGGAGAGCUUGAAUAUCUUAUUCUUCAUACCAAUCAACACUCCAUUGCUAACUCAUCUAAAUUCAGAAAUGCAGUGAGUAGUUAUGUAGAAUGCGUUCGGGAGUUGGCAUGCAAGAUACUGGAACUGAUAGCUCAAGGGGUGGGGGUCCCACCCACAUCCUUCUCCCGUCUGCUCACCAGCUUUGACAGCGACUCCCUCCUGAGGCUCAAUCACUACCCACCUGUCACUCACACUGCCGCUAUUGGCUUCGGAGAGCACUCUGACCCUCAGAUCCUCACCCUCCUCCGAUCCAACGGUGUCCCUGGCCUUCAGAUAUCCUUGGGAAAUGACACUUGGCUCCCUGUUGACCCUGACCCACUUGCCUUCUGUGUCAAUAUUGGUGAUCUCUUGCAGGCUAUGACCAAUGGAAGGUUUGUAAGUGUGAGACAUCGAGCCAUGGCUAAUACAUUACAGGACCGCUCUAGAUUGUCCUUGGUCUUCUUCGGUGGACCUUCACCGGAAGCGAUAAUCACUUGCCCGCCCCAGCUACUAAAGCAAAAUCAACCACGCUAUAGAGCUUUCACUUGGGCAGAAUACAAGUCGCAUACUUACGCUCAUCGACUUGGUGAAACUAGACUUGACCAUUUCAAAAUUGCUUGAAGCCACAAAAAAGAAGAAACCAUCAGCUGUAAAUUUUGCAAAUCAAAGAACAGUAUUGUUCGAUUUUGGAUUAGUUGAUGUUAAGUAACAAAGAGAAGUUAAUGUUAGUUAUAAUUUGAUACGUGGCCUUUUGGGUUUGAUAUUAUUAGGUUGAGAAAUGAUAUAUCAUCUUAAACUUGUUUUAACCCGAAUCCAGUAUAAGACCACCCGUAGUGGGGCAGUAUUUGGGCGUGAAUUGUCCCAAAAACGCCAGGAACCACUACGGUGGGUGUUGUUUUGGGUGUUUUUGCU